GUUGUUGCUGUUGUGUGUUUUUAUCCUUUAAUGUUUACAUAUUCUACAGGUCUGCGCGGGACAGCUAGUAAACGAAGCUCGUGCUCAUGCACUACUUAGGGAUCGAGAUUCGAAUUGAGACACGUUCACAACGUGCGUCAUUACUUCCGGUUCCGAAAAAUUGACGAGGAAGCGAGCCCCUGCUCCCGCGGAUGUUAAGCCGUUGAUGAAUGUUAUUACCACUUUAUUUCCCCUCCCCAAGAUAUUUAAAAGGACCAAGACGUUUCUAACGGGUUGGUGCUGACGGGUGGUCCUGUUAUUGUCGACUGAUGCCAAAGGCUCGUGCUGAUCUUUGAGGGCGUUUGUUCUAACUGCAGUUUAAACAUCUCGUGCUGCUCUGGAGACUCGGCACAGAGAUGCCUGGAGGCGAAAUGAUGUCUUGUGCACGAGCUCCAGACGGUGAAAUUGAUGUGACGUCAGUUUCCUUUGACGCACGGUCGUGUCCGUAGCUCGCGUUCUGCAGACGUUGUUGAUCUGCUUUGAUCACGCGUUUGUUUGUUUGCUUCUCCUCUCACCCCCACCCCCCACAAAAUGGAUACGGAUAAGACGGAGGUGCGUGAGGGGGCGUGGACGCCGCUGCUGCUGUGGACCGGUGUGGCCGUGCUGCUCCCGGUGCUGAUCACGCUGUGGUGCAGUGUGCGGCGCUCGGAACGCGUGGUUCGCCUUAAAGACCUGUCACGCGCAAGCCGGCACAGCUGGCGCUACAUGGACCUGUUCCGCAAGCCCACGUACUGCUGCGCCUGCGAGCUGCCCGUGCUGCACGGUGCCUUCUGCGACUGCUGCGGCGUGUGCGCACACGAGACGUGCGUGCGAGGGGCCGAGCGCGCUCUGGCCUGUAAGGAGAUCGCUGCGCCGGCGCAUGCAGACGGAAGCUUCCGCCACCGCUGGGUGCGUGGGAACGUUCCACUCGCGAGCUACUGCUCCGUGUGCAAGCAGCAGUGCGGCACGCAGCCCAGACUCUGCGAUUACAGAUGUGUGUGGUGUCAGACGACAGUCCAUGACGACUGCAGACUGGAUCUCGGUGAUGAUGAACGCUGUGAUUUAGGCGAGUUUCGCUCCAUCAUCAUUCCACCUCCGUACCUGUACCAGCUGAACAAACUGCGGCGCAGACAUCCAGACGAGUACUGCAAGCUUGCAGCAGUGUAUGGAAGUGGGUGGAGCCCCCUGCUGGUGCUUGCUAACACACGCAGUGGAAACAACAUGGGUGAAGAGCUGCUCGGAGAGUUUCGAACCCUACUCAACCCGGUGCAGGUGUUUGACCUGUCUGAGAUUGCCCCUUCCAAAGCCCUGCAGUUGUGCACUCUGCUGCCCCCUGGCUGUGUGCGUGUGCUGGUGUGUGGAGGAGACGGGACAGUGGGCUGGGUGCUGGAUUCCAUCGAUACCAUGAAACAGAAGGCUCAGGAUCAGUUCAUCCCACGCGUGACCAUCCUCCCCCUGGGGACAGGGAAUGACCUGUCUAACUCUCUGGGCUGGGGUUCAGGAUACGCCGGUGAGAUUGCGAUUGAGCAGGUGAUCAGGAACGUGCUGGAGGCUGAAGUGGUUAAGAUGGACAGAUGGAAAGUUCAAGUCGUCUCCAAAGGAAACUACUUUCGCAAGCCAAAGGUUUUGUGCAUGAAUAAUUAUUUCUCAGUGGGUCCUGAUGCCCUGAUGGCCCUGAACUUUCACACACACCGUGAAAAGACGCCGUCCUUCUUCUCCAGCCGCAUCAUUAACAAGGCCGUGUAUUUUCUCUACGGAACCAAAGACUGUCUGGUGCAGGAGUGUAAAGACUUGGACAAAAGAAUUGAGUUGGAGCUGGAUGGAGAGCGGGUCCCGUUGCCCAGUCUGGAGGGCAUUAUCGUGUGCAACAUCGGCUACUGGGGUGGCGGCUGCCGGCUGUGGGAGGGGAUGGGAGACGAGCCGUGUCCUCCAACACGGCUGGAUGAUGGGCUGCUGGAGGUAGUCGGUGUGUUUGGAUCGUUCCACUGCGCACAGAUCCAGGUCAAACUCGCCAACCCUGUCCGACUGGGCCAGGCACACACAGUGAGGUUGGUCCUGAAGAGCUCGCUCAUGCCGAUGCAGGUAGAUGGAGAGCCGUGGGCUCAGGGUCCCUGCACCAUCACCAUCACUCAUAAGACUCAGGCGCUCAUGCUGUACCACAGCGCCGAACAGACCGACGAUGAUGAGGAUGAAGAGUCCAGCACCUCGGAGGCUGAAGGGCCGUUAGUACAGGGCGCACGCACUUCUGAGAACAGCUCAGAACAUCGUCUAGACGACAUCAAGGCACAGACACCAGGAGGGAUUUCAUCACAACAGAGAAACGUUACACAACCGAUGCUGAGAAAUUGUGAAUGUGAUUGAAUGAUGAAAUAAAGAGUGAAUGUUUAAAGCAAA